AUUUUUCAAUCAUGUGAUAUUUUUAUAACAUUGCUUUUAGUUGAAUCAUUAUCAUUUAUUAAAAAAAUAAGUUUUUAUGACUUAGAAAAAACUAUAGUUAAGUACUAGGACAUUUAAAUUCGGCCACUAGGACAGUCAUUUUUCAUUAGCUAUGUACUGGGACAAACAUACCUUUUAGAAUUUUAUAUUUUUUUUCGCUCAAUCCUACAUAAUCAAUCAUUUAUACAGUUGCAAUUGAUUGAGAAAACUUCAAUCUUCUCAAAUUCACUGUAAUUUCUCAUAAAACAAUAAUAUUUCGCAUCAUAUUUGUCAUAUACGGUCCCAUUGACCUUAGCUGGUUAUUUAUUGGUACAUUUACCUUACACAGUUAUUAUACGCUUUUUAAUCUCAAAGUAACAUUUGUGUCCAGAUUGUAUUUUGCAUUAGUCCAUUUUUGGAAAAAUAAAAUAAUAAUUUGAUAUUAUCUUGAAAGAGAAUCUAUCUCGAAUAAUGAUAGUGUACGUUAAGUGAAUAGAGGAGAGAUAAUUAUGUACUGUAGAGUAUAAUUAAUAAUAAUUAUUACCUUUCUUGUGACAAUUUGACAUCGUUGCUCUUCAAUAAAUAACUACUGAAAGUAGUUUAUAUAACUUGUUUUAAAGAUUGCCAGACCAUUUAAAGCAUUUGUAACUCUUAUGAAUUUAUUUAUUUACUUUCUACGAAUUAUUUAUUUUUUACUUUCUCCAAAUAUCUAUUCUUGACCUUCCUUUACUUCCCAAGUUUUUUUAUUCAGCAUAUUAAUCCUUAAUAUUUGUGAAUCUUGAAUAAUAUUUUUUUUCUACUUUUUAAUAUAGUUUUUGUUAUACGUAUAUAGAUUAAAUUAUUGUGAGUUAAUGACUAAAAUACGAAAAUUCUAGCAUAAUCACAUUUUGUAUAGGUAUUAAAAAAAUUGUAUUUAUAAUUAUGAGCUGAGAGUGAUUUAACUUAAAGCAUGUGUACAGUGCUAUAUUAUAAUUAUUAUAAUUAUUAUAAUAUAUUAGGUUAACCGAGUAAGUUUGCGCAAAUAUUUUUAAUAAAAUUUAAAUAUAAAACUUUGUAUUAAGAACUAAUACAAAGUUUUAUUUUCAAAUUCUGUUAAAAAAGUCUUCACGGAUUUUCCAGUCUUCCCAAUGGAAUUAAAUAAAAAUAUAAAGAUAAACGUAAAAUAAAAAAAGGUAAAAAUAAAAAAAAAUUAUAUGAUUAUUAGAUUGAACAGAAAGAACAUGGGAAACGUAGACCGUGGAUUGCGUAUUGCGAUGUAGCAGAAGUUUUCAAUUUACCAAAGAAACGAUUACUCUGCAACGUAAGAAGUAAAUUAAUCUUGUUUCUUGAUAAAUUUAGAAAAAUAGUAAUCCACAUAAGUUCGUGCACGUAACAUCGUUCUAUUAAGUCUUCUCUAUCCUGUAAUUUGUUAUAAAUAAAAAGAAAUACAUUCUAUACAAUUAUACAUACACAUAUAUUUAUCACAUGAAAUUACACACCUAUUUCAACUGGAUAAUCUCGAAUGCACACAGUUACGUCGUAUGAAUCAGUUAUAGGCGUUUUUUCGUACACGCGUCCCGAUAUCUUUGUGAUUAGCAACGAUAGAAGCACAUCGCAUCAUCGCAAACUACACUUCUCGACAUGACUCUCGAUUCUCAGCGUUUAUUAUUUUGAGGAAUUUAUUGCGGUCAAGGAAAUCCCUUUUACAAGAAAAUUCGGAGUGGUACGUGAACAGAGAACACGUCGGCACCACUCGAAGCAUCAUCUUCGCUAAAACAAAUGUUAACGACUCCCUCGACGCGUGCGAUGGAAGAUACCGGUGACGAAUGCAAACCGGUUCUCGCCUAGUAGUAUUUCACUGUCUGCUUUUGCGAUAAUACACGCAUCAUCACCUAUAGGGUGGGAUACAAACGUUUACGAACGGAAAGAAAGAACAAAAUGUCUACAAUAAAAUUCUACAAUUUCUAAUUACCAUCGCUCUCUUCGUUCUCGUAGAUGACGUAUAAAGUCUAUUGUGUGCGAUCUAGCAAGACUCUUCCUUCGUUCCCAUAUUAUCGAUUGAAAUUAUCGAUCAUUUUAUGAGCUAAACUUUGUGUAUACAGUCUCGAUCGUAUCAUCCAGUCAACAAAUAACAUCUGAUGUCAUUUUUGAAAUUUUCGUUGUUCAGCCGCUCCGUACAAAUCUAUUUUUAAUUUUUACAGUCUUCUCCCAAAGAUUUAAUGAUUUUCCAUCGGGCGAUUAGAUAUCUAAACAAUCUCUCUUUCUCUCUGAAAUUUACGCGUCUAAAUUUACGUUACCGCCGGAUUUACGUUGCUCCACGUUACUUCCCAUAGAAGUUCUUUUUCGACGAAGCUUUUUUCGUAUCGCCCUAUAUACACGAGUCCGCAGCAGGUAGGCUGCUCAUGCUUUUCUCAUGCCGUGAACGACCAUCGUCCGGUAGUCUCGCCUCGUUGCUCGCGCGAGUAUACGCGCCUCCUGAGCCCUCUUCGCGUCCGUUUCGGGUUUCUCUAAACCGCUGUGAUACCGAACAGUGCCGGCUUUAUCGUGCCACAGUUCAGAUAGCCAUAAGUAAACCGUAAUCGUCGAUGAUAACAGUGCUAUAUCUGAUCCGAACGGAGUUUUCGUGUCUCGAUGAUUCGCUAGAAAGAAAGAAAUGCGUUACUUUCCUUCCUGUAUUCCGUUUUCCUCGAUAGAUCCUCCUCUUUCCUGAUGCGGCAGCAAUUAUACGUGCGUCAAUAAGUACGGUGACGACGUCCUAAAUCUUGUUCUUUUACAUCCUCAUGUGUCACCCGACGCAUGCCUAUUUUUUCAAAUAGUCCCGAUCAAGUCAGAUUGAGUCAUGAGAUAGAGAUUAUCGGUUUGUCACAUGUAUAAUAAUGGUAGAAUAUUGUUCGAUAAUAUUACGUCGAAAGCAGGAACAUACUUAUCAUAUUUCUUUCUGGAGCGUCAUCGUGUUUUCUUUCUCUCUUUUCUCUUCAUCAUUCUUGCGGUAAUUUCGUGAGUAACCAAGCUUCCGUGUGACGAUAACGUUGAGAGGCGGCGACGAUAAUCAUUUCAAGUUGCCAGCUUCACUAAUUAGUACAGAAUGAAAGGACAAUUGAGAACGACGUUGUUCCUUGUGCUUCGCGUGAUUGUAGCCGUUGUUUUCGCAAACGGCCAGAUGGAGGAAGAGUCAAAGAGAUCAGGGCAAGAAAGUUUUAUCACCUCUCACGUUUACCUGGAGACGACUACUGACAGCAUCGACGAUGACUCUGAAAAGCCGUACAUAUCGCUGUGCUGUCAUAUUGGUACUUUUGUCACCGGGGACAAGUGCGUGGGAAACGCAACGAAUGAAACGGAGACGACGGUCGAAUUGCCGGCGAUCUACGAGGACAAUCUCGUGCCUACAAACAUCACCGCGAACGAUAAGCACUUCCACUUCGAGAUAUGGAAUCCCUGCGCCGGUGGAAACCGAUAUUCCCUGAGUCCGCACGUUUACGAAGACGAGAAGUGGUACCUUUUGCCGAACGGCUCUAUAUUGCGGCCACGGGCCGAGCAGCCGCAGGAUCGUAUCUUGAACUACAGCCAAUAUUGCUUGGCGCGGGCGAGAAGCGAAGAAUAUCGGGAUUACUUGGUGUUCUUCUGCGAAGAAGCUUAUCCUGAAGACGACAGCGGCGGGGUCGUGUACUCUUACGGCAUGCUUGCCUCCGUGUCGUUCCUGACCGCUACGUACGUCGUCUAUUGGCUGUUGCCCGAGCUGAGGAACUUGCAUGGCCUGACACUGCGUGGAUACGUCGGCUGUUUGGCAAUGGCAUACGGCAUGCUGGCGGUGGUGCAGUUAACGCCACAGGAACAAAUUCCAUACGUCAUCUGCAUCGCACUCGCUUUCGUCAUCCACUUCUCCUUUCUGGCGAGCUUCUUCUGGCUGAAUGUGAUGUGCUUCGACAUUUGGUGGACAUUUGGAGGGUUCCGUUCGUUACAAGGAAGCGUGAAGCAACGAGAGAGAAAAAAAUUCAUGAUAUAUUCGAUUUAUGCGUGGGGAAGCGCUUCAAUUCUCACCAUUAUAUGUGCCAUCAUGGAUUUCGUCCCCAGCGUGCCGAAAGGCCUAAUUCGACCGGAAUUUGGCGCUGAAAGAUGUUGGUUCACCACGGACACGGCGAAAGCGUUGUACUUUUACGGGCCCAUGGGCGUCACUGUUGUCUGCAACAUUUGUUUAUUCAUUUCGACGGCGUUGAAAAUCGUGCGCCAUAAAAAGGACACGGCACAUCAUUUGAGAAGCUCCGAGAGCAGACGCCACGAUGACAACAAGCAAUGGUUUAGCUUGUAUCUGAAGCUGUUCAUUGUGAUGGGCAUAAACUGGUCUAUGGAGAUAGUAUCUUGGCUGUUCAAAAGUGCGCCGCAAUACGUCUGGUAUCUGACUGAUCUGACAAAUACCCUGCAGGGUCUCAUCAUCUUCAUUAUAUUUGUAUGGAAAGAGAAGAUAAAGCGGUUACUGCUAAAGCGAUUUGGCUGCCAGGGUCGCAAUAUAUUCUUUAGAAACUCAACACGUAGUGGCUACCACAGUUCGGCAUCGCGCACAUGCACUACCACAUCAGGAGUGAUGCCACUACAGGAGAAGAUUAGUUCUCAUCCACAGAUGAACUGCCGUGCGAGAAGUACAUCUGAAGAGGCCGAACCUUAGUGUUACAUUAUUUACAAUGAGAGAAAAACAAAUCUUUUAUUAUAGAUCAAUGGUAUCAGCAAUUGAUCAACGAUUAAUAUAUUCAUCGCUACCCCAAUAGCCAACUCUGUCGAAAACAAAUAUCAUCAGAGUCUGCUACAGAUUUUGUUAGUAGAAACGCUACAGAUUUGACGCAGGUUUUGUCUUUUCUAUACUGUUAGCAACAUAGCAACAGAAACAACAAAAUCUGUGGGCAUAACCAAUCUGCAGCGCACAUUUGCACUAUUUCUGCCGCCAAUCUGCUGUUUUAUUAUGUCAGCAGGAUUUGGCAACAAAACAAAAGCUUAAUGCGGACACAGAUGGCACCGUAUCUGCUGUAUCAUUCUGAUUAAAUUUGUUUCCGAUCUGCUGACAUAUUGUUAACAAUUUGCUUAUUGGGUACAUAUUCAUUACCGAUGACCGGUACUGAGCUUUCCGUUCACGCUAUGAUCGAUGACUGACAAACCAAAUGUUAAAACAUGUGAAUAAUAUAACAAGCAAUUAUUUACAGAUGCAAGAUAAUAAUUAUUUAAUAAUAAAUAGAAGAAUAAUAAAAGCAUUUAUUUAUUAAAAUUAUGGAUAUGCAUCCGCAUAAAAAUGCAAGAGAUUUCAUAGAUACAUAACAUAUAUUAUGAUGAAUCUUAAUAAUCUUUUGGCAUGAACGGAAAGUCAACUAAAUCAUACUUUUGGUGAUGAAUGUGUUAACUACGGUGUCAUGAUUUAAUUAUCGACAUAAAGGAUUUAAUUUUCCAUUGUCCUACAUUAUUGGUUAUAUUUUAGUUGCAACGAUAAUAUCUUAAAAUCUUUACAUGACAAACACUUUUUUUUUCUCUUUUCACCUUUGCGCUUAUAUUUUUAAGAAUUUCUUAAAUUUCCUUUAAAGUCUAGAGAAUAUUACGUAUUAAUUUUUUAUUUUUUUAUAAGUUUUUUUAACGUUGAUAUUGUAAUCUAUCUUCAUUAUUUGUAAUGUAAAUUCCCAUAUUUAUAUGUAGUUGCCAUAAAUUCAUAUAUUAUUUAUAUAUUAAAUAAAUAUAUAUCAUUACUGAAGAAAGAGAGGCUGUAUUCGAAAUGUCGUAGUGACAGGGAAUUUAUGAGUUUAAUUAAUUUAAAUUCAUGAAUUGAAUUUCUUCUCGAUAACUCGAUAUGAUUACUCCUCAAUGAAAACGUCUCACAAUUUCACUUCACCUUGAACGAGACGCUUUCACUGGGUCAUUACCAUAAAACUCAAAAA